UGUGGUCACCUCUUGCUACCUGUCUUGCAAUUAGUAUCGUCAAACCUUGUCGUUGUCUUUUUCUUGCCCUCGUCAGCAGGCUUGUUUUUCUGUCGGUCACUCAGUCCAGUUGAGCUGUCUGAGCAGGACCUCUUCUUCACCUACGCGUACCCAGCUAUAGAAGACAAAGCAACAUCAAUCUUUUCGUCAAGAUGGGUGGCGGAGGCGGCUCCGGCGCAGCUGGUUUUUAUGAUGCCGCUCUUCAGAGGCGUGAGGCAGUGAUGGGGAAGAGUGGCCCUGCAGCACUUGUCAAGAACUUCCGGGUCUUUUCUAUUGCAUGCUUCGCAUGUAUCGGUGGUGUGCUCUAUGGGUACAACCAAGGGAUGUUUUCGGGUGUCCUCGCCAUGCCAGCCUUUCAGAAACACAUGGGCGAAUACGAUCCGAUAGACGAGAACGCGAGUCAGACAAAGAAGGGCUGGCUAACCGCAAUUCUUGAGCUCGGUGCUUGGCUUGGUACGCUUCUGUCUGGGUUCAUGGCAGAGGUUCUCUCGAGAAAGUACGGUGUGCUAGUGGCGUGCUUGGUUUUCAUGCUGGGUGUGGUCAUCCAAGCCACGUCUAUCUCUGGAGGACAUGAGACCAUUCUUGCCGGACGGUUUAUCACGGGUAUGGGUGUCGGAUCCUUAGCCAUGAUCAUUCCCAUUUACAACUCGGAAGUUGCACCACCUGAGGUCCGUGGAGCUCUUGUUGCUCUCCAGCAGUUGGCUAUCUGCUUCGGUAUCAUGGUCAGCUUCUGGAUUGACUACGGAACCAACUAUAUCGGCGGCACCAAGCUCGAGACCCAAUCCGACGCCGCCUGGCUUGUACCCGUCUGCCUGCAACUCGCCCCUGCUCUCAUUCUGUUUUUCGGCAUGAUGUUCAUGCCCUUCUCCCCACGCUGGCUCAUCCACCAUGGCCGCGAGGCGGAAGCUCGAAAGAUCCUCUCCACCCUUCGCGGUCUACCGCAAGACCACGAGCUUGUCGAGCUCGAGUUCCUCGAAAUAAAGGCUCAGUCUCUCUUUGAAAAACGCAGCAUUGCCGAGUUGUUUCCCGAAUUGCGCGAGCAGACUGCCUGGAAUACCUUUAAGCUCCAGUUUGUCGCCAUAGAGAAGCUUUUCCGGACAAAGGCAAUGUUCCGACGCGUUAUCGUGGCAACCGUAACCAUGUUCUUCCAGCAGUGGUCCGGCAUCAACGCGAUUCUCUACUACGCCCCGCAAAUCUUCAAGCAGCUUGGACUGAGCGGCAACACAACCUCACUCCUGGCUACGGGUGUAGUAGGCAUCGUCAUGUUCAUCGCAACGGUUCCUGCCGUGCUGUGGAUCGACCGUGUUGGUCGCAAGCCCGUGCUUACUAUCGGUGCCCUCGGGAUGGCUACCUGCCAUAUCAUCAUCGCUGUCAUUGUUGCCAAGAACGUGGACCAAUGGGAGACUCAUAAGGCUGCUGGAUGGGCUGCUGUAGCCAUGGUCUGGCUAUUCGUCAUUCACUUUGGAUAUUCAUGGGGUCCAUGUGCCUGGAUCAUUGUUGCUGAGAUCUGGCCGCUGAGUACGAGACCAUAUGGUGUCUCUCUAGGAGCUUCGAGCAACUGGAUGAACAACUUUAUCGUCGGUCAGGUCACGCCGGAUAUGUUAAAAGCGAUCCCGUACGGAACGUAUAUCAUCUUCGGGUUGUUGACUUAUAUGGGCGCCGCCUUUAUCUGGUUCUUUGUGCCGGAGACGAAGAGAUUAACCUUGGAAGAGAUGGACAUGAUCUUCGGAUCCGAAGGCACUGCACAAGCCGACAAUGAGCGCAUGGAGGAGAUCAAUGCUGAGAUUGGUCUUACCCGAUUCCUGCAAGGUGGUAGUGGUGCAAACCAAGGUGCUGCUGAUGGAAGUGAUACUGGUUAUGAUGCGGAGAAGGGGAAGAGCGAACACUAUUCUCAGCAUGUCUAAGUUACCGCAAUCACUGCCGCGGUAUCUUGCUCUCCGAGCUCACACUUUAUGAGGUGUACAUUGUCAUUUUUGGAAAUGAACCGGUCUUCCCCCCCCUUUGAGCGCUACGGCAGAUAGAGGAAGUGGUAGACGAAUAUUGAUACCAAC